CAUUCCUAAUUCUUUCUUGUCAAAAUUCAAAACCCUUUCCCGAGCUCAACCGGCAGUCCAUCGCCACGGCGGAGCCACCAGAGAAUGUCAGGAGCUCGUCGUCAGAUUAAUGUUCUUAACGUGGCCGAGAAGCCAUCGGUGGCGAGGUCCGUGGCCACUAUCCUAUCACGGAACCAGGGUAUGCGAAUGCGAGAGGGACGCUCACCUUACAACAAAAUAUUCGAGUUUGAGUACACGAUUCAGGGACAGCCGUGCCACAUGAUCUUCACCUCUGUCACUGGCCACCUCAUGGAGCUCGACUUUGAUGACCGCUUCCGCAAGUGGCACUCCUGUGAUCCCGCGCAACUCUUCCACGCCCCCGUUUGCAAGUUCGUCCCAGAGGAUAAGAAAAAUAUCAAGCGGACUUUGGAGGAUGAAUCUAGGAGGUGCCAGUGGCUUAUUCUGUGGCUUGAUUGUGACAGAGAAGGAGAAAAUAUUGCAUUUGAAGUGAUUGAAGUUUGCAAAGGAGUCAACCACCAUCUUGAUACUAGAAGUAUAAAGAGAGCUCGCUUCUCUGCACUGAUUGACAGGGAAAUCCAUAGAGCAAUGCAGAAUCUUGAAGGACCUAACAAGCAUUUUGCUGAUGCUGUGGACGCCAGAUUUCAGACCAUGCUUUUGAAAGAUAAGUUUGUCAUUGAUUCUGCUGCAGAGGAAAGAAAUCUUGUUCUAAGUUAUGGUCCUUGCCAGUUCCCUACACUUGGCUUUAUUGUAGAACGGUAUUGGGAGAUACAAUCACAUGAACCGGAAGAGUUUUGGACAAUCAACUGUUCUCACAAAUCCGAUGAAGGCAUAGCCACUUUCAAUUGGAUGCGUGGACGCCUAUUUGACUACACUUCUGCUGUUAUUAUUUAUGAAAUGUGCGUACAAGAACCAAAUGCAACGGUACGAAAGGUUCAGCAGCAAGAGAAGCUAAAGUAUCCUCCAUAUCCUUUGAACACCAUUGAGCUUGAAAAACGCGCUUCGCGAUACUUUAGGAUGAGUUCUGAACACACCAUGAAGGUGGCAGAAGAACUAUACCAAGCUGGUUUCAUCAGCUAUCCUCGGACAGAGACUGAUAGCUUUUCAAGUGAAACUGAUCUGCAAAGAAUUGUACAAGAACAACAAGGGCAUCCUACUUGGGGAUUAUAUGCGCAACAGUUAUUGGAUCCAGAUGCUGGUCUUUGGAGAAACCCUGGCAACGGAGGACAUGAUGACAAGGCCCAUCCACCCAUCCACCCAACAAAUCUUUUCACUGGGGGAGACAGAUGGAGCAAUGACCACUGUAGAUUAUAUGAGCUGGUUGUUCGUCAUUUUUUGGCAUGCGUCUCAAAACCAGCUGUAGGGGCUGAAACCAUUGUCGAAAUUGAUAUUGCUGGGGAAUUGUUCUCUGCGUCAGGCAGAGUGAUUUUAGCUAGAAACUAUCUAGAUGUCUAUCGAUUCGAAUCAUGGGGAGGUUCAAUGAUUCCAACUUACGAAUUCGGACAACAGUUCAUUCCGACGACUUUAACCCUCGAUUCAGGAGUUACUAGACCUCCAUCGCUUUUAACUGAAGCUGAUUUGCUGAGUUGUAUGGAUAAGGCGGGCAUUGGUACGGACGCGACAAUGCAUGAUCAUAUUAAAAAGCUGCUGGAUCGCUGUUAUGCAACAAAGGACUUGCACACUUGUUUCUCGCCAACUAAUCUCGGUGAAGCACUGGUAAUGGGAUACGAUGACAUUGGGUAUGAACUUUGGAAACCAAAUCUGAGAUCAAAAAUGGAGUCCGAUUUAAGAGAAGUAAGCUAUGGCUAUAAAGGAAAAGAAGUAGUUCUGGCGACUUGCUUGGAAGAGACAAAAGCUUGCUUCUUAGAUGUGAGGUUGAACAAAGUUAAACUCAUGGAAGUGAUGACAAUUUUCUUUGAAAGGGUUAAUAGAUCCACUGGAGAUGAUCAACAUGGUGCUGGAGAAGUUGUUCGGCAAUGUGGACAAUGCCAAGAAUCAGAUAUGGUGCUUAAACGCAAUCGGGAUGGCAAUUUCAUGGUUGGGUGCUUGGGUUAUCCUCAGUGUAGGAAUGCCAUAUGGCUCCCUGGACCUGUAUUGGAAGCUACUGUCACCACUAAUAUUUGCAACUCCUGCACUCCAGGUCCGGUUCACUUGAUUCAGUUCAAGUUUAGGCAGCUUGGAAUACCACCAGGCUUCAGUGCAAACCAUUUGGGUUGUAUUGGUGGCUGUGAUGAGAUUCUUAGACAGCUGAUUGAGAUUUGUGGAACUGGUUCCCGAACGCAAGAUUGUUCUGCAGUAAGGGCUCGAGGACCAACAGCAUCGUCAGGCAAUGUCCGACAAAAUAACGGUAGAGAGGUAACUUGCAUAUACUGCCAGCAAACAGGACACACUUCAAGUGAUUGUCCUUCAAAGGUUUCAGGCUCUCGGAAUGCCCGGUCUCGUGUAAUGAACCAGGAAAAUGGAGAAACUACGAUUCCUUGCAGCAGCUGUAGAACACCAUGUGCUCUGCGAACUGCCAAUACAGCAAAUAACCGGGGAAGAAAGUUCUACUCAUGUCCCUCACAGGAGUGCAACUUCUUUGUAUGGGAGGAUAAUGUCAACAACAACAGUGGAACACGAGGCCCUUCAUAUGCAAACACCAGUAACUCAGCAUCUAACCCCAGCAGAAGGGUUGGCCGAGGCAGAGGCGGUCGGAGUGAGGGGCGUGCCGCUGAUGUGACUUUUGUGUCAGCAACAGGUGAACCUCUAUCUGGAAGAAGGUGCUUUGUUUGUGGUGAUCCAUCACACUUUGCAAAUGUCUGCCCGAAUCGCGUCACUUGAUUAACCAUCGAAGUAAGUUCUCCAGGUAUAAUCAGCCUUAAUUAUAAAGUUAGUGGCUUAGAUGAAUCACAAUGUGCAACCCACCUGUGAGGUUUCUCUUGGGGCAAGAAGGAUCCUUUUAAUAGUUCAAACACUUGCUAGAAAA